AUGGCAGCCGCCGCCGCCCGCCCCCUCGUCACCGUCCAGACCGUGGAGAACGACAUGGCCACCGAUGGAGGCGCCGCCGCCAAAUCCCUUCCCCUCCCGGACGUCAUGAAGGCGGCGAUCCGCCCCGACAUCGUCACGUUCGUCCACAGCCAGAUCUCAAAUAACUCUCGCCAGCCCUACGCCGUCUCCAAGCGCGCCGGCCACCAGACCUCCGCCGAGUCCUGGGGAACUGGCCGCGCCGUCUCCCGUAUCCCUCGCGUCCCCGGUGGAGGAACCCACCGCGCCGGCCAGGGAGCCUUCGGGAACAUGUGCAGGGGCGGCCGCAUGUUCGCACCCACCAAGAUCUGGCGUCGCUGGCACAGAGCCGUCAACGUAACCCAGAAGAGGCACGCUGUAGUGUCGGCGAUUGCCGCAUCUGCUGUCCCCUCGCUCGUGCUCGCUCGCGGCCACAGGAUUGAGGAAGCUCCGGAGCUCCCCUUGGUCGUGUCGGACACUGUCGAGGCUGUUGAGAAGACCAGCGCCGCCAUCAAGAUACUCAAACAAGUCGGUGCAUACCCUGAUGCUGAGAAGGCUAAGGAUAGCCACGCCAUUCGUGCUGGAAAGGGUAAAAUGCGCAACCGCCGGUACAUCUCCCGGAAAGGCCCUCUGGUUGUGUACGGGACUGAAGGUGCCAAGCUGACCAAGGCUUUCAGGAACAUCCCCGGAGUUGAGCUGGCCCAUGUGUCCCGCCUCAAUCUUCUCAAGCUUGCCCCCGGAGGUCAUCUUGGGAGGUUCAUUAUCUGGACGCAAUCUGCUUUUGAGAAGCUGGAUGAGAUCUACGGGACUUUCGACACGCCAUCUGAGAAGAAGAAGGGGUAUGUGUUGCCUAGGACCAAGAUGGUGAAUGCUGACUUGGCAAGGAUUAUCAACUCUGAUGAGGUGCAGUCUGUUGUGAAGCCUAUCAAGAAGGAGGUCAAGAGGGCUCCAUUGAAGAAGAAUCCGCUGAAGAAUCUGAACGUGAUGUUGAAGCUCAACCCGUAUGCCAAGGCUGCCAAGAGGAUGACCUUGUUGGCCGAGGCCCAGAGAGUGCAAGCUAAGAAGGAGAAGCUUGACAAGAAGAGGAAGCAGAUCACAAAGGAAGAGGCUUCUGCAAUCCAAUCCGCCGGCAAAGCUUGGUACAAGACAAUGAUCUCUGACACGGCGCGACUCCCGUGGUCACCGGGCCGUUCCGGCCAAGUCGCGGCUGGGUGUUCCUUUCCGCCUCUAGGAGAGCUGCGGGUGGUUGGCCAGCGGCGAUUUUCGCUCCUCGGUUUAUUCCCCACCUCCGGCGAGGUCAUCGGCUUCUCUUGCAAGGCCCAGCCGCGGGAGUUCGUCGGUUCGGUUGGAGGCUCGAUUUACACUGUCAUGUUCAUCCUGGAGACGGACCUUGGCGUGGGCGAGCCCAACUCGCGUCUCGUGCGCCCCUGUUCAGUCGGGCUGCAGGUCCUUCGGGUCGGGCGGCUCGAUUGCAGCGGAACCAAGCCGACCAAAGCGAAUUCCACAGCUAAGAGGAUCAACUCCGAAACUGCCCAACACCAACACGGUGGCCUAGCGAAGUCGAAAUCCAAGCACCGAAAAUCACCCAAAGCCGGACUCAAACCGCAACCACAAUAUCCGAACUGCCAAAGAACCGUCACUGGACCAAACCCUUAA